AUGAAAGACAGUAUUUUGAACGGAGAUUCCGCGGGAUUUCGUAAAAAAUCGCACUCUUUUAAGGCCAGCGAUCCAAGCUCCACGUUCGAUGAUGGACUGUUUGAAAAACUACAGGAGGUGCUUUCAGGAAUCGAUCUUAUCAAUGAAACGGCUUCCAACGAUUAUAGACCAAUUCUCGCUUUUUUCAGCAGCAGAUUCGCCCCACAGCUGACGCAGGCGUGGUCGUAUCACGCUCAGGUCAAUAACCAUGCCAAAUUUACCAAUUGCACCUCGAAGCUCGCACGGGCUUUGCGCGUGCUUGGGUCUGAUCCCAGCACUCUGGCGUGCGGCUCGUCGCUGAUCCGUACAAUCUUGCUCGAAAACGUCAAAGUGCUGUACCGCGGGCUCAACAACAUGAAGCCUGCAACCACGAACUCCGUUCUCCGUCUAAUGCGCGAAAUGGUCGCUUUCAACAGCGGAGAACAUGUAGACGACUUCCUCACAUAUUUCGAUUUGGCACUGCCCAGCGUGUUGCGCAUCCUGGCGCCUACAAGAGCCGAACUCGCGGAUUUGGAUCAUUGCAAGGCAAACCCUGAUUUGUCUAUGCGCUACAACUUCAUGAAUUUCUGGCUUACUCUGAUAGAAAACUCCAGCCCACUUUUACGGAAGGCUGUUCUGACGGAAAAUUCACGAAUUAUGAGCGGCUGGUUCAAGCAUAUGACAAAGGUAGACUCCGUGAAGCUUAUGAAGCAUUGUGUCAGCACAAUGUCAGAAAAGGUUUUGCGGGAAAGCUCGUUGAAAAAAGCCACCAAGUGCAAAAUUUUGAACGAGGCCUUUAUCAGUAGGCUACACCACUUCUACUACUCUGGCGAUGCCAGCUUGGUGAAAGCUGUCGAUCAGUUUUUUGAGCUAUAUUCGACGUCUGAAGAACACAGUGUGGCAUUUUCAGACGACAAGCUGUGGUUUUCAGAGCCAGUGUACGCCAAAUCAGCCUCCGGGUCAUUAAGCAACGGUGCAAUGGUCAUGAUUAACAACAAGAAAUUUUACCUUUACAACAAGAUACUCUACACGAUGUUGACUUUUUUCAAGCCUUGGGAAGAUGAAAGUCAGCUUAACAGGGUGAUCCAGGUUCUGCAGGCUCUUCCGGAAUUGGUCGCCCCUUACUGCUCAUACCUAGAAACCCUAGGUCAUCACGAGCCCAAAAUGACAUCCUAUUGGUUUGGGAUGACUCUUCUUCUCGGUCGUAUCAUAAAUCUGCCAAUUCCACAGAAAAUUCUGGACGUGCAGACUGACAAUAUACCUUUGCCGCCCAUUGUUUUGGAAUCCAUCGCACCAUGCCCAUUAACUAAAGCAGCACUAAGCAAGGCGCUGCAACACGAAGUACCUCUUAUCAAACAAAUGGGAUGUCAACUUCUCAUUUUUUGUUUCCAAAAACUCGAGCAUAUAUUUGAACUUUACGAAGACAAAGGAUGGAACUCUGCUAAAUCUGAACUGGUCGGUCGCUUAAAAUCAACUCUUCCCGAUCUCUCAGUAAUAGCGACGACACUGGACUUCGUUAGCCGGCAUAAGAGUGAAAAUAAAAUUCUCGCGGCAUCGGUAUCGCUGGUUCUCAAUCAUUACAGCAAGUUCUUUCCGUUAAGCUUUAAUUUAACACUACCCAGUGAUAAUAUUUACUCGAAGGUCAUCAAAUCAAAAUCGUUCUCAGGAUUAGACCUUGUCAUUCUCGACAGUUUUUUGCAGUUUCAGGAGCUCAACAAUUCUCAAGCUAAGUGGUACAACCCAACUGCCACCGAAAACUCUACUUUCACGACUCUCUUGAAGCUAGCUUCAUCGAGCAACGCCACUGCAUCAUUAACAAAUAAAGUUGCUUCACUACUAGACUCCCUUUUGAAGUUUACGGUGGUCUUCGAUGAGGCAUUGAUAGCGUCACCCAUUCUUGCAUUGAUUAAUAGUUUACAAGUCAUGGCAAGAAGCGAUCUCGAGGAUAAUAGUCUGAAAGAGGAGAGAAUAUGGAAAUUACUCGAUGAAACUAUUUCGAGGUGUAUGAAAACUCCUUAUAAAUACGUUGACAACUCAGCCGCCUACGGACAUUGUUCUCCAUUCUUGGUUGCUCUGACUGAGCAGUGGCACUUUAUGGAUCAUCGCGAUGAUUGCGAAAAGCCCCAGAAGUGGUUGAUCAUCUUUUUGAGAAGUGCCGCUUUCAUUGGCGAACCUUUAGAUGGAAUACGAGCGCUCCUUAAGUCUCUACCAUCGAUAUCUGAAUCUCUUUUGGACACUUUCUUUGAUUUUGAAAACUACGACAUGAGCUUGAACUCCCUGCGAGACACACAAAACCUGGUCAUCAACGAUGUGGACUUUUCCUUUUUUCAGCACAUUACGCUCACGCCAGCUUUAGACUUGGAUGCUGUAGCGAGAUAUCCUAUCAACAGGUUCGAUGUUGCUGGGCUAAUUCAAAGACUUCGCCUUUUAUUGAACGGUAAUAAUACCUCCAUCACACAUUCCAAAUUCUCAGCAAUUGUCGAUAAUCUUCUAGCGAAAGUAGCCAGUUACGCCUUGUCUCAGGCAGAGUUCAGAGUACAGUUUACCGAAGCACGCUUUUUUGGCAAGUUUAUGGUUAAUGAGAAAAUAGACCCAAGCAACUCGGUAGCUUGCGAGAGGUACGCCUAUGUGUCAAACACCAUAGCCGAUAUCUACUCACAGCUUAAUCAGAGCAUGCCUGACUUCCAGCAUUACAUCCAUAGUUUGUGGCUAACCUGUGCCAUAUCCUGGGAAAAGAAUGAUGCUCUUGCCUCUGUUUUACUGAAGGGACUUGCAUUUUUGUCGCCAAACCAACUUCAAGAAGUUCUUCAUUUGUUGCCCUCAGAUAGCCAAAAACUGCUACCUUACGUUGUUAAGGAACUCCUUCAUCAGAAAAUACAAAUAAACAAUGACCAGUUUAUGAAUUUACUUUCACAAGACUCUGCCCUGCUAAUUCCAGUGUUGCAAGCCUUCAUCAAAUUUCAAUUGAUUGAGGCACCUCGUUUUGCUGAAAUUAUACCUCUUGCUUUACGACUUACUUCCUACAAGCCGAUUAUCGAAGAAAUCCUGCAGUGCACGGAAGGCGUCAAUGUUUUAUCAGAAUUCGUUGACAAAAUAAAAGAUGAUGGGUUAGUCAUUAAAAUCGCUGCAUCAGUGACUUCUGCGAAUAGCAAACUUGAUCCAUCAUUCAUAGAAAAAGCUCUUUCAGUUGCAUUUGAAAAUUUGACAAGUCUCGAGGACACUGAUCUCGACGCAGCCAUCAAGCUCUUUGUGAGUCAUUUCAACGAAAUCCCAGAGCUCCGCAAGAACAAAAUUGUUGAGAUUAUAACCACUCGGUCUGGAAGUAGGUUUACUCCACAGGUGCCAAAUUUCAUUGCGCUUCAGAAGGUUGAAGGUGAUAAGAUUAUACGUUCCUGGAUGCAAAAGUGCGUGCUGUUCAUUACGAAGAAUAUUGUAGAGAAAUCACAGCCCACCGCGAGAUUUUCCGAGUUCCUAGCAAACUUCCUCAAGCUGCAUGAAAAGAUCAAUUUCUGGAAGCACGGUAUGACGUCCAGCCUCAAUUCUCAGAUUCAAGCUAUUGUGGGUGGCAAUUGGAUUUCUUACCUCGGGAUCUUGAAAUACUUGAAUGCCGUUCUACUAGGAGCAGAAAAAAGUCAAUUGAACACCAGCAGAAUGCUCCAGUUGCUGUUGAACAAUGAUCAAAUGUGCUUUAACAGCGGCUCGAAAGAUGCUCAUAUCCGCUUUUUGACGACCAGCUGCAUGUUCAUCCUUUUCAAUGUGGAUGCGGCUGGCUGUUCUAGCGUUAUUGUUCAAGAAAAACUCCUGCUAUGUUAUGGAGGUACAAUUUGUCCUUCCGAUAGGAUGAUACUCAACAUGCUAGAACAAAUCGAGUCAAAAACUAUUUCGUCCUGGACCAACAAUAUAUUUGCAUGGGACUAUCAAGAUGUUACAGAGGAUCAAGAGGAAAGCGGCGCUGCUGAUUACCAGAUGAUAGUGCAGGAAGCAGAAGGUUUUAUUAUAACAAUACAGCGCAAGCUUGUAAAGUUCACUGCUGAAAACUUUGCUGUGACGAUGCCCGCCCUUCCAAUCACGGAUUGCACAAACUCUUCUCAGAUCAAACAAGAUUUCAUUGAUUUAAAAGAAGAAACAGACCUACUCUACAGCGAAUCGCAGUACAAAAUAUAUGAUCCGAUGUUCUUGUUGCUAUCGAUGGUCAACAACGAAGAACUUUUCAAGAAUAACAGCGACGCUAAAAAUGGUAGUAAUGAGGUUUCUUUCUUUGAGAUGAAGAGAAUCAUUGAUUCCGGAUUAUUGGAACUUGUGCUUGUCUGUCUGAGCUUCAAUGGGGAAAUCGGUGAGAUUGCAUUGUUACUGGUUCACAAAAUGCUGGAGUCCUUGGACAUAGGAAAUUUCAAAGAUAAGCAAGCGUACAAACUCUUACUCAUGAAGAUUGCUUGCACGUUUCACUUGUACGAGAAAAAUGAUGCGGCAGAUACUGAUAAAGUCCCACCUUUGAUUUGGUCUACGGUGGCACGCGUUUCUACUGUGCUAAGUCAACCGUCGUCAUUUCUUUACGAAAGGGCAUACCGUUGGGUACUUUCCUCACCUUCGGUUAACUCCCGACACAUCCCGUUCUAUGACACUGUAGUUGCGAAGAAAGACGAUGACGGUGAGCACUACUACAAAUAUCUGCAUUGGUUUUUGGAGAGUAUUCUGCAAGGUUUGAAAACAGAUGAGGACCUACAUCUUCUGAGGUCAAGAAACGUUUUUGAGUGGGUUAUGAACUUGCUGAACUCGCCAUACAUCACUUUAAAACUGCGCGUUCUCGCAGUUUCAUUUUUAUACAAAUCUCAGAGAUUGGAAGGAGGAGGACCAACCUUACUCACGCGGUUCGCAGGCACAUCUUUCCUCGAGAGUAUGAAUAUUGGCACCGCGCAGCAGCUUGUUACCUCAAAUGACCAAUUAUCCACUAAUACCAAAAACAAACUGCAUCUAAUGCAGAACUUGGUCCUGCAACAAUCUCAAGUAAAUUAUUCUGAGUUGGGCGCCGGUUUCACUGCGAUCGCCAAAUCCCGCAAACGACUAGUCGAUUGGGUGGAAGGCGAUGGUGACAACUUCUUGAAACGCAUGUGUCUACCGGAAUAG